UGGCGCUGUAGACCGACUCACGUUGAAGGCUAAAGUCGAGGGGUCUUUAAGGGAGUUAACGAGUGAGCCAAUAGUUAAUCUUCUCCCGCUGUGCUAAAAAAUAAAUAAAGCAAAAGUAAUAAAGUUGGAGACCAAGCGCCAGAGUCGCAGCCUGUCCCAGUGCAAAGACAAAGGGAAGUAAAGAGGUUUUAUGCCACUAUGGACGCUGCAAAGUUUUCCAGGAAGCUCUUGAGCGCGCGCAAACAGCUCAUCCUGGUGCUCGCCCCGUUACUGCUGCUCCCGCUGCUCUUCGUUGUGCCACCAAAGGAGGGCAAAUGUUUGUAUGUGGUGCUGCUAAUGGCGGUGUACUGGUGUACCGAAGCGCUCCCGCUGGCGGUGACUGCCAUGCUUCCUGUGUGCCUCUUCCCCACCAUGGGAAUCCUGCCUUCUAAGAAGGUCUGUCCGCAGUACUUCCUUGAAACUAACUUCCUGUUCCUGAGUGGUUUAGUGAUGGCAUCUGCUAUAGAGGAGUGGGGUCUCCAUCGCCGAAUAGCCCUAAGGGUUUUGAAGAUCGUCGGAGUGAAACCUGCCUGGCUGAUUUUAGGCAUGAUGAUCACUUCCUCUUUCCUGUCAAUGUGGUUGAGUAAUACAGCCACAACAGCCAUGAUGCUGCCCAUUGCUAAUGCCAUACUGGAAAGUCUUUUUGGGAAUCUGGAGACUCUAAAAGAGAACUGCAAGGACAAGAGUGAUCCAGAAGGUGAUUCUCAGGUGAAUAUGCAUGUGCUUCCGUGUGAAAAACAGGUGCUGAACACCGAGAACACACCGGAUUGGACAGACAGAUCAGAGCAAAAGAAUCUGACAGAGGUCAGAAGAGAGGCUGAAUACCAGAUGAAGGUGUGGAAAGGUUUUCUGAUUUCUAUACCUUAUGCCGCAAGCAUCGGAGGAACUGCGACCCUCACUGGCACUGCCCCUAAUCUGAUCCUGGUGGGUCAGCUCAAGAGCUACUUCCCUGAAUGUGACCUCAUAAACUUCGGCUCAUGGUUUGUCUUUGCCUUCCCACUGAUGCUUCUUUUCCUCAUUUUGGGCUGGAUCUGGAUUGCUUUCCUCUAUGGUGGACUUAAUACACGGCUUUGUAUUAACAAACAUGAUAAGCGGGCGGCUGCAGAAGCAAAAGCAAAGGCUGUUAUUGAUGAAGACUACAAGAAACUUGGCCCAAUAAAAUUUGCAGAAGGAUCUAUCACUUUCUUCUUCAUUCUUUUUGCUAUACUUCUGUUUACACGAGAUCCAAAGUUUGUAACUGGAUGGUCUGUUUUCUUCACCAAAGGCUACGUUUCUGACGCAGUAACCGGAGUUAUCAUCAUCUCCAUCCUCUUUUUCUUUCCAUCUGAGCGUCCAUCUCUCCGCUGGUGGUUCGAUUCAAGAGCCACAAAUACACCGUAUGUGCCCCUGUUGUCAUGGAGAAAAGCUCAAGAGUGCGUGCCAUGGAAUAUUAUUUUGCUACUGGGUGGUGGAUUUGCGAUGGCCAAAGGCUGUGAGGAGUCAGGGUUAGCAGUAUGGAUAGGAAAUCACCUGCAGCCUCUAGCCCAGGUUCCUCCAGCUGUGGCAGUCAUCCUCAUCACAGCCUUCAUCGCCUGCUUCACUGAAUUUGCCAGUAACACAGCCACCAUCAUUAUCUUCCUCCCUGUCAUUGCUGAACUGGCCAUCCGUGUGAACGUCAACCCUUUGUACUUCAUGAUCCCAGCAACAACUGGUUGCUCUUACGCUUUCAUGCUUCCUGUGUCCACACCUCCCAACUCAAUCGCCUUUGCCUCCGGACACCUGAUGGUCAAAGAUAUGGUUAAAACAGGAUUUGUGAUGAACAUCCUGGGAAUUCUUUGUGUGUCUCUGGCCAUGAACACCUGGGGUCUUCAUAUGUUCAAUCUGCACAUAUACCCUGAUUGGGCGAGACCUUUAAAUGCUUCCUUGGCCACUGUGGCUACACAUGCUAUGGCAACUAUGAAUAUGACAGGUUAGAGAACAACUACAGAGACCAAUACAGACGCACAGUCAGGCCAGAUUCUGUAUAUACUGUAGAUAUAAGACUAAAAAGAAAUGGAAAAAUUGCUAAACUGAGGGAUUCCCGGUGUGGAUGGAUCAACACAAUCAUGACCUCACUUCUUGCUUAGCACUGCCCUCUUGUGCAUUGAUGCCACUUCACCAAUUUUGGGCUGGAAAUUUAAGAAUGUUUAAAAACAUGUAAUGUUUAUAUAGAUAUAUGUAGAUUUAAACUGGUAGGAAGCAAGAUAAAUUCAAGAAGUUAAAAUCAUUUAUGCAAAUUUCAAUAAUGUAUCCUCUGAAUUUUUUUAGAUUGGAAAUUUGUUUUAAUUUUAAUUUGUAUUGAUGUUGUAAAUUUGUUGUAUUUAUGCCGUAAUUAUUAAUUAUGUAACAUUUCUAUUUUCUGUUGUUGUGAUAUUGUGAUAUUCAUAUGUCCCAAUUAAAGCAAUGAUCCAUCAAAAU